CUAGGGCUGGCACAAUGGAAAAGAAGGGAAUGUUAGUUGUUUGGAAGAGAGACAAGCCCUAAUCGAGAGAGGAGAGGGUUUCGCUGGCAGCUAUGGCGCUGGCGAUGGAGAUUUCUCCUCCUGCAUUCGCGAUGGGAGUGGGAAUGCCGACGCAGCAGCAGCAGCAGCAAGAGGAAGAACCGAUGAUUGACGAAGAUCAGGAGGGAGAGCUAGGGCAGCAGGAGGAUCAAUUCCUUGAACCGUCACUCUUUGGCCCUGUUCAUCGGCAGAAGAGACGGCAAGAGAUUCCUCGUGCGCGUCGGAGGUGUUUUCCUUCGUUUGUCGCAGAUGGCUCUUCCACGCUGUCCGGGGAUCUAUGCUCAGAUGUCCAUGACACAAUGCAGUGUAGCUUUAGAACUAUAGACGAGCCAGCGAUUUGCAGCACUGUUCUUCAGUCUUCGGAGUCACAGUCGAGAAGGGAUUUCACGGAGAUGCCUUGCCAAAGAUCACCAACAGACUCCACGAUUGCGAGCGACGAUGGGGACUCAUCACUCUCUUGUGCUUCCUGGUCAGCUGGCCAGCUUGUUUGGGCGAAGUUUUCCCGCUCUCCUUGGUGGCCCGCUCAGGUUGCGGAUGAGAAGUCGAUGAGCGAGAGAACGCGGCAAUCGAAGAAUCAUGUGUUGGUGCGCUUCUUCGGCAACUAUAACUAUGGAUGGGUUGAUCCUGCCAGCGACUUAUCCAAGUUCGACGUGGAUUUUGACGGGAGGAGCCAAGUUCCAACCAAGGCCUUUCAAAAGGGAUUGAAAGAGGCUUUAGAGUACAGAGACUUUCGGAAACUCCCGUUGAAGUGGAGACACUCGUUCCAGGAGGAAUGCCAAACUCCCCAUGCAAACGGCAAGGAAUCCUCGGAGGAGACAGGAAGCGAAGCUCGCAACACUGCAACACGAAGGAGAAAACCCAAAGUCCUGUACGAGGAGGAGGAAAGGCUCCACCAAAAGCCCAAACGCAAUCUUCGCCGGAAGAAGAUCAUGAGAGAGCUUGGGCUUUGCGCUCCUUAUGGUUCUCCCUUCACUUACAACUCCAUAGGAACGAGCUUCUAAACACUCGACCAAGGACUAUCUUUUUUUUUAGAUCUCACAAGCAGUGGUAUAUAGUCUAUCAGGGAAGAUUCCCCUGAAUCAAGCCUAUGUAACAGGUCGUCCUACACGAGGUUCUCCGGGCCAGGCCCAAUGGCCGCGUCACGCGUGGAUGCCAGAGUUUGGUCAAACGCUCUGUUGACACGUGGCGCAAGGCUACUGGUAGUCGCAGUUCCGAGUGACUAGUCCUCCUGGCCUGGAGUGCGCCGCCGCUUCUAUAUUUUUUCUCAACAUUUAAAAAUGCGGUCGUUGAAUAAGCGUACGGAGGAUCUUGGGUCCAUUUCUCCAGUAUGGGCGUGCCGUACCGCGCCAUUUAAAGAAAAUGGGGUUUUUGUGGAGA